CACUGACCACAAUGUUGAUAACACUACAGCAAUUCUUAGAGAGUGGCUGAAGAACGUGCAGAACCUCUACCACGAUGUGGAGUGGAGGCCGAUGGAAGAUCCCCAGUCUUACCCAGAAGAAAUUGGGCCAAAACAUUGGCCAAGCUCCCGAUUCACUCAUGUGAUGAAACUCCGACAGGCUGCCCUGCGUGCUGCACGAGAGAAGUGGUCAGACUACAUCCUGUUUAUUGAUGCAGAUAAUUUACUGACCAACCCACAAACCCUGAACCUGAUGAUAGCAGAAAACAAGACAUUGGUGGCACCAAUGCUUGAGUCUCGCUCUCUCUACUCUAACUUCUGGUGUGGCAUCACCCCCCAGGGCUAUUACAAAAGGACCCUGGAUUAUCCCCUGAUUCGGGAAUGGAAGAGGACAGGCUGUUUUGCUGUCCCGAUGAUUCAUUCCACGUUCCUCAUUGACUUGAGGAAAGAGGCCUCCACCAAGCUGAUGUUCUACCCACCCCACCAGGACUACACCUGGAGCUUCGAUGAUAUCAUGGUCUUUGCCUUCUCCAGUCGCCAAGCAGGAAUACAGAUGUUCAUCUGCAAUCGUGAACACUAUGGUUUCCUUCCCAUGCCCCUGAAAUCGCACCAGACGCUGCAAGAAGAAACCGAGAACUUUGUGCACACCCUGAUCGAGGCUAUGAUCGAUCGUCCUCCCAUUGAACCCUCUCAGUAUGUCUCUGUUCCUCCGAAGAACCCUGACAAGAUGGGAUUUGAUGAAAUUUUCAUGAUCAAUCUGAAGCGUCGGAAGGACAGGCGGGAUCGGAUGCUGCGGACUCUCUACGAGCAGGAGAUUGCAGUCAAAAUAGUGGAGGCUGUGGAUGGAAAAGCACUGAACACAAGUCAGCUCAAGGCUCUCAGCAUCGAUAUGCUCCCAGGUUACCGGGACCCAUACUCCUCCAGGCCACUAACCAGGGGAGAGAUCGGCUGCUUCCUUAGUCACUAUUACAUCUGGAAGGAGGUAAGGGGUUUGGAGAAAGACUUGGUACUAAAAGAAGACUGG